GGAUUUUAUACAACCUUAAUAAUCUCAUGUACAAACCAUCUGUGUAAUGCAUCCUAACCUAAUGUAACCUCACCUGGGAGACACUGCCCUGCCUGACCAGGAUCUGUACUGGAAAACCCAUCCAUUUGUGACAAGCACAUGCUAAUGAACUGGACUUCAUCAUGUACCGUAUGGGCCUCCUGGCUGGAUUACGAGCAUGUGACACGAAAGCGGCAAUUGGGGUGAUGAUAACAGCAUCGCACAAUCCUGUCCAAGACAAUGGUGUGAAAUUAGUUGACCCUAUGGGGGAAAUGCUGGCACCAGCAUGGGAGGUGCAUGCUACAUCUUUAGUCAACGCCAAAGAUGAAGAUAUUACACAAGUCAUGGAGAACAUUAUUAAAGAAGCCAGAAUUGACACCACCCUUGUGCCUUUGGUGUAUGUUGGACGUGAUACAAGACCAAGUAGCAAUCUACUUUGUGAAGCGGUUAUUACAGGUGUUACUGCUGUUGGCGGUCAAGUGAAAGAUCUUGGCGUCAUAACCACACCCAUUUUGCAUUAUGUAGUUACCUGCCACAAUGAUGGAGGAGUGUAUGGUGAACCAUCUGAAGAUGGUUAUUACAAGAAAAUAGCCAAUGCCUUUGUUAAUUUACGUUCAUCUGGGACAUCUCAUGGCAAUUAUGAGCCAAAAAUUUACUUUGAUGGAGCAAAUGGAGUUGGAGCCGCCAUGAUGAAAAAUUUCCUUGAACACUUGGGAGGCUCUCUUACAAUCACUAUGUUUAAUAGUGACGGAAUUCUCAACCAUCUAUGUGGUGCUGAUUUUGUCAAGGUAUGUGGACUUCGUAGUGACAGCAAAACCUUGUGGCCCCUCUUAAAUUCUGACAAGAAAUUUAACAAAAUAUUCUGGUAAUUGUAAUGUUCUGUA